AUGCACAUUUCUCAAGUUGAUAUUGAGGACAAAAUGGUGUGGGGACCGACCAAAAGUGGCGAGUAUUCAGUCAAAUCGGGUUAUAGGCAGGCGUUGACCCGACAAUUUCCCGACCAUUCUAGGCCUGAUCCGGAUUGGCAAGUUUGGAAACGCUUAUGGCAGAUCAAGAUCCCCCCUAAAUGGAUCUCGUUUGUGUGGAAAUGUCUACAUAAUAUUCUUCCGGUUAAAACUGAAUUAAAGAAAAGGGGGAUGCCAAUUGAUAUUAUUUGUUCUAGGUGUUUUCAGCAUGCGGAAUCCCUUGAACAUCUAUUUUUUGAUUGCCCCAUUUCACAACGGAUUUGGCGUGGGUCGACUUUGGGUUUAGAUUUUGGGGUGGGAAGACCUCUAUCCUUUUUCUCAUGGUUUCAAGGCUGGGUGCAACAAAUACAUGACUCGGAGAUUGUAAUACACUCCAUUGCCUUAUUAUGGGCCAUUUGGAUGCAACGUAACUCUGUAGAAUUUCAUAGAGUUGAGGUGUCCAUAGAACGAUCGAUCAUGUUUGCUUCCGAGUUACUAACAUUAUUUCUUUCACCCCUACACAAUGUUCCCUAUGAGAUUUCUCACUCUAGUUCUUCUCCUCAACCCAGUUUUGUUAAGCAGGUUAUUUUGCAGACUGCUAAGCCAUGCAUUGCUACUGGUCCGCGUAUGCGUAUUGUUGUGGAUGGCUUUUGGGUUGCUGUAGGUGAGCACGCUGGUCUGGCGUGGGUUUUCUUUGAUUCUGAUGAUCACCGAGUCUAUGAGGAAGCUAUUUUGGGACCUUCAAUGUUAUCUCCUCAACAAGCCGAAGCAGUUGCUGUUCUCCAUGCUCUGCGUUGGGCAGUCCAUUCCAGUAUCAAUCAUCUACUUCUUCAAACAGAUUGCCUAGUCCUUCUUCUGCUACUCCACCACCAUGCUCAAGAAUCUGAUUGGAGUCUCCAAUCCAUUCUAGCUGACAUUUUGUCUUUGUGUAAAUCUUUUGAUCAUGUUGUCUUACAAAAAGUGGACCGUGAUAUGGUUCACGCUGCUCACCAACUUGCUACUGAUGUAAGACUUUUUGCUUAG